UCCCACUGGCUGCGAUUACAAAACAACGGAACGGCAUGCAGAUGAAACCAAAAGCCGGCGGGGGAUUAUUCUCCUUUUUCAAGACUGAAAGAGGACGCAGGCUGGUCUUCUACGCGGCGGGAUCCACCACGGUUGGUCUGUUUGUGGGCAACUUCCUGCCGCACACCCUUGGCCUGAAGUAUUACCGGGACUUUGUGCAAUGCUACCAGCACGGCAUAGAGCGUCCUGUUCCGGAUGCCGUGAAGCAGCGCCUGGAGAAGGCCCUGGAUCAGCUGGGCCUGUCCGACUUUGAGCGAAAGUUCGUCAAGCCCUUUACUGUGUUUGGCUUUGAUCUGUUCCAAGCGGGCACCACAAAGCUUCGCUUUGGCGGCGCUUUAGGUAUACCCGUGAACUACGGCUAUGCCAGCAAGGAGGAGAUAAAGCGGGCAGAUAUCCGCUUCAGAGAUCAGCAGAUCAAUUGGAGCUCUCCCAGCGGCAAGCUCCUGGAGGAGGCCAUAGUCCUAAACGAGGACGAGCAGGUGUUUGGCCUGAGCAAGGCUGUCCUGCAGCUGCAGACCCACCGAGUGCUCCUCAACUCGAUAUUUCCAAGCGUGAGCUUCCUAAUGGUCUACACCAUGGGUCACUACCUGAACCUGCGGCUGAAUCUAUUUGCCCGCCACGGAAGCGUUCGCUUCGUUUUGUACAGCAUUCUUGGUCUUUUCGGCACGGGCAUCUGGUGCUUUAUGAAGGACUUCAAUCAGGUGGCCACAGAUGCGGAGAUUGACAAGAAACUGGCCGCCAUGGGCCCCCAGUUUGUGGCCGCCGGAGCCAGCUACUACGAUAAGCAUUUAAAGAAGAACAUUGCUCUAAGAGAUCUCAUUGGCGACGACACCUACACCGCCUUGGGGAAUGAGAACUACAUGCUGCGCCAGAAAUCCAUGCCGCUGACAGCUCGCAAAUCCUUCUUCCUGGAAAGGCUGGAGGAGCUGAAGAAGGCACAGACACCGGAGACUCAAUAAAACAUUUUAAUUGUUAAGUUUUUAUUGCCGUUAGAAGGUGACGGAAAAGGAGUUUACAAAUAUCAUGAUGAUUGUUUAGCCUA